UCCUGGCAAAUGACGAUAACCUAGCCAAACUGUUCAGGUGAAAGUGAAAGUGUGUAGUCUCCGAACUCAGAAACCGGUGUUUCACUUGCUCACACACUCCUAAUGGUUGUCGGAGAAUUUUGAAGCUACGAUGGUACGGAUUCGACAACAACAGCAACUCUCUUUGCGAAAUCAUUCGACCCUCGUUGCCUCCGAUGCUCAGGUACUUUCCGACCUCCACUCCUUUCCUGCUCUGUCAUCUCCACUCAGACAGAUCACUGCACGUGUCUCGUCCCCUCCAAUGGAAACGUCGGGACGAAUACAAGCUGACCCGACCCGAACUGGUCGACCGGAUAUCUCGCCUCGUCGUCCUCCGACGGUUCGAUGCCCUCGGCGACCUCUCCUUCGAGUUCUCUGACGGGCUAUUGGACUCCGUUCUUCGGCGACUCCGUUUAAGCCCUGGCGCGUGUCUAGGGUUUUUCAAAUUGGCCUCAAAGCAACAAAAUUUUAGACCUAACGUCAAAUCUUAUUGUAAACUUGUUCACAUACUGUCUAGAGCUCGAAUGUACGACGAAACGAGGUCGUAUUUGAACGAAUUGGUCGGUCUAUGUAGAAACAAUUACUCGGCGUUUGUUGUUUGGGAUGAGCUCGUUAGAGUUUAUACGGAAUUCACGUUUUCGCCCACUGUUUUCGAUAUGAUUUUGAAGGCCUAUGCUGAGAAGGGUCUGAUAAAGAAUGCACUACAUGCGUUUGACAAUAUGGGGAAGCACGGUCGUGUGCCGAGUUUGCGGACUUGUAAUUGUUUGUUGAGCAGUCUGGUUAGAAAGGGCAAGAGUAACGCGGCAGUGCUAGUUUAUGAUCAGGUGAUUAAGAUUGGGAUUGUGCCCGAUGUUUUUACGUGUGCCAUAAUGGUGAAUGCAUAUUGUAAGGAGGGGAGGGUUGAUAGAGCUGUGGAGUUUUUGAGAGAAAUGGAGAAUUCGGGCUUUGAAACAAAUGUUGUGACUUAUAAUUGUUUGAUUGACGGGUAUGUUAAUUUGGGAGACGUGGAAGGAGCGGGCAGGGUGUUGAGGUUGAUGUCUGAACGAGGUAUUUUGAGGAAUGUGGUGACUUACACGCUGUUGAUUAAGGGUUAUUGCAAGCUAGGUAAGAUGGAGGAAGCGGAGAAGGUGCUUCAGGAGAUGAAGAAAGAGGAGUCUGUUGUAGUGGAUGAGCAUGCUUAUGGGGUGUUGUUAGAUGGGCAUUGUCAAGCUGGCAAAAUGGACAAUGCAAUUAGGGUUUGGAAUGAGAUGUUGGAGAAAGGCUUGAAGAUGAAUAUAUUCAUUUGUAACUCCUUGAUCAAUGGGUACUGUAAGCUUGGUCAAGUUUGUGAAGCAGAGAGAAUUUUUAUGCGUAUGGCUGAGUGGAACUUAAGGCCAGAUUCUUAUAGUUAUAAUACUCUCGUGGAUGGUUACCGUAGGGAAGGUCAUAUGAGCAAGGCUUUCAAGCUUUGUGACAAAAUGCUUCAGGGUGGAAUUGAACCAACUGUUGUAACAUACAAUACACUUCUCAAGGGGUUAUGUCAUGCGGGUGCCAUUGAUGAUGCUUUGUGCCUUUGGCGUUUGAUGCUGAAUAGGAGUGUGGGUCCAGAUGAGGUUGGCUAUUGUACUCUGCUUGAUGGGCUGUUCAAGAUGGGGGAUUUCAACAAUGCUAUUAUGCUGUGGAAAGAUAUUUUAGCACAGGGCUUUACUAAAAACAGGAUUGCUUUCAAUUCAAUGAUUAAUGGAUUAUGUAAAAUGGGGAAGUUAUUUGAAGCUAAGGAGAUUUUUGACAAGAUGAAAGAACUAGGAUGUUCGCCUGAUGGAAUAACAUACAGAACCCUGUGUGACGCGUACUGCAAGUUUGGAAACAUUGACGAAGCUGUGAAACUUAAAGAAAUGAUGGAAACAGAAGUUAUUUUUUCUUCCAUUGAAAUGUACAAUUCUCUUAUUUGUGGAUUUUUUAAGUCUAGGAAAUUAAGUAAAGUGAUGGAUCUUCUUGCUGAGAUGCAGACAAGGGGAUUAUGCCCAGAUGUUGUUACCUAUGGCAUCCUUAUUGCUGGUUGGUGCAAUGAAGGGAGGCUGGAUAGAGCUUUUAGUACAUAUUUUGAGAUGAUUGAAAAGGGUUUUGCCCCCAAUGUAAUUAUUUGCAGCAAAAUUGUGAGCAGCCUGUAUAGGCUUGGUAAGAUUGAUGAAGCAAGUAUGCUGUUGCAGAAAAUGAUGGAUUUUAGUAUUGUUUCAGAUGAAAGAUGUCUUAAUAAGUUUCUCAAGGAUGAUGUUAGACAUUUAGACAUUUUGAAAAUUGCUGAUUCAUUUGAUGACAGUGCUAAAAGUUUUUCUCUACCAAACAAUGUUGUCUACAAUAUAGCUAUUGCAGGGCUAUGCAAGUCUGGGAAGUUUGAAGACGCAAGAAGAGUAUUAUCAGCUUUAUUACUUAGAGGCUUUAGUCCAGAUAAUUUUACAUAUUGUACCCUAAUUCAUGGCUGUUCAGCUACUGGCAAUGUGAAUGAAGCUUUCAACUUACGGGAUGAGAUGCUGAAAAAGGGUAUUGUUCCGAACAUUACUACAUACAAUGCUCUUAUAACUGGCUUGUGUAAGUCGGGAAAUUUGGAUAGAGCACAGAGGCUUUUCCAUAAACUUCACCUUAAGGGGUUAACUCCUAAUGUCGUUACCUAUAAUAUAUUGAUUGGUCAAUACAUUACAACUGGUAAUACUAUUGAAGCCUUUAAAUUGAAAGACAAAAUGAUAGAAGAAGGGAUUGUUCCAUCUGUUGUUACCUACUCCACGUUGAUCAGUGGCCUUUGCAAGCAGGGAGAUAUGGAAAAAUCCAUGAAGCUUUUGGAUCAUAUGGUCGAGGCUGGCAUGGGCACAGACCUUUUCACAUACUCUAAUUUGGUUCGAAGUUACGUCAAAUGUGGAGACAUAGAGAAGGUUUCCAAGCUUCAUGAUAUGAUGCAGAUGAGGUGUCCCUCUUCGGGUAUUAUUUCUCAUGAACCAAUGGUUUUAACCAAGUGCUCAGAUAGUAAAGGAAUACCUGUUGAGUAUUACACGUCUGAAGCUGUGAGUUGAUGAACUCAGUGAACUAAUUCUAUCAUGUAAAUGGUUUUGAGUUUACCAUGGCCUUGUGUUCUUGAAUGUGCGUCCUCACACAAUAAUAUUCAAAUUCUGGAGUUGUGACCUCUAUAUUAAGGAGGGCUAUAGUCUCUUAGAGGUCCAGGUAAUGUGCAUUGCAACACUGACAUGUUGGCUUCUAUGUUGCAAGAUUGUGCAAGUAAAGGUGGUUUCAUUCGUGCAGGACACAAUUUGUCAGUGCCAUGCAAAAGCAUAUGAAGGUUCCUCUCCAUUUCUCCACCAUCAAACUGUAUGUUGCUUCAUAAUUCCAAAAGUUGACCAGUUAAAACUUCAGUUGACUACUUGGAUCGUUUCAGAAAGUAGUUUCUUUGGGUGCCUGUCUGCAAUUUUAUGUGUUUGGAACCAAGAUGUUUAUUGGUAUUGCGGACAAGUUGCUGCUGGAUCUAAAUCAUAACAAAUCAUUUCCAGCAGAAAUUCCCAUUCUCAAUGCUUACAUUGUCUGUUGUUCAAAGUGAAAAGAGGAGUAGAUAUGCUGGCGGCGGUAUUUGAAAACCAGGGAAUCUACCGAAAAUGGAAUGUCUUAUAAGCACAAGAGAUUGCCCAAUAUGAAGCUGGAGCUGCAUUUUUCUCCUGCAUGAUACACCUCAGUACAUUGAUGUAUAUAUGGUCACAGAAUGACAAUGCCCUUAUCCAAGUAAUGGCACACCGUAUGCCCCCAAAAGGCAAGUCCUGUAUCUAACAACAGUAUCUCUGAUGAACAGAUGACUCAUCUAGGCGAUCCGUCCCAACCGAGUCAACUGCAUUGGAAAUAUAAUUCAUUUUAUAUAUAUACCAUUAGAUCUCUAAAAUCUAAUAUGAAUCGUACAAUAAAUUUCUUUUAGUUUUCUUGGUUUUACUGAUUAGAGACAUCAUUCAAUUUCUUUAGACUAACUUUUUGAAAGUAGAACUCAUGAUUAAAUUAAGGACCAAAUAAUUUUUUAUUAUUUUUUUCCCCCCGGUUGUGGGUAGGGGAUGCAAUCCAACAAUGACAUAAAAUCCAAAAAUAGAGAACCAUUUGACAUAGGCUUUGAUCUCUCAAAGGAAACAAGUGAUUGAAAGCUGUUGCUGAUCUACAACCAGGACAGCUUAGAGUUUGAGGCACCUCCAAAAUUGAUGGGCCGAAAAGGAAGCCUCAUCUAACAAGAGGUGAGCUACUUCAAGAUUCAGGCAACUCCAUGAGACAGAAAUAAAAAGAGAAAGAAGCAAAGCAAUCAGCGCUUCAACCGCGUACUGCUUUGCUUUGGUCAAGAAGCAACUCCUCAUGUACAGACAAUCACUUCGAAUGAUACAUGCCUUUACUUUUCCCCUUCCCUGACCAACACUUCAAUGCUUGCCAAUGAAUUGAGAAAAGAAAAAGGAAAAUGCU